AUGCCAGCAAGCCCACUUCUCUUGUGUUUGCUUCGUUGGGUGGGCAGUUUGCUAACACCACACACCCCAGCGCUCUCUGAGAAACCUGUGUCUUCCUCACAACUUGCAGCCUUCUCACGGGACACGAAUACCCUCACCGCGGCCAUAUCUGACCCUGCCUACCUAGUAAAGGUUCUCUUCCUUGCGCUGCUGAUGACUCUGCUCUCUCUACUCCUCGUCUGGGAGGCAACAAGAACAGAGAGCAGACAGCACUACUGCUGGCUUGAGAGUUCUUGGCAGAGACUCCGCUGGGGUGGAGACCUGGAGGCCCACGAGGCAGGGCCAUCUGGAGCUGUUGUAGAGCCCGGAGCCUGGGGAGGAAGAGCUGCCAUAGCACCCAGCUGCCCGGUGGCAGGUGCUCUGCCCCAGGCUCUUCUCCCUCUUCUGCCUUAGAAUUCACACUCCCUUAGAAUUCACACUCCCUUAGAAUUCACACUCAUCUUGCUGUUCUUUGGCGUGACCAGUCUCCUGAAUUUGAAUAUCUUCUCUCUGUGGACCUUCCAGACUGAAAUUAUAAAUGGCUCUUGAUUUCUGCAUUAACAGAGGGAAGGAAUAAACACAUGGAGAGUUAAAAAUUGACUACAAAGCUCCAAUUUUCCUUUUUAAAUUGUUGACUGUAUUGAAGUUACUGGGAGCCACAGCAUCUCAGUCUAUAUAAUGAAACUAUACUGGAGGCUCAGCUCCGAAGAUCCUUGAAAUGGAGCCACUCACCUACCCUGAGUUCUGGGUAAAAUUCACCCUCCUCUUCCCCUAAUUCUGGGAAUAAAGAACAUUUCCUCUC